GCUGAUCACAGGAAACGGAAGAAGCAUUUUGCUGCCCUACAUGUAAACACCAGCUCCGCGUGAUCAUGGCGAACCUUGUUUUGUUGAGCCUGAUUUUCGUUACUUUUGGUGCAGGGCAAGGUUUCUCAGUACGGGACGCACCUGAAGUAAAUGACAGGCCGAUCAUUGGUGUACUUGCACAGGCUGCAUAUGGAGCAAAAGCAAAGUUUGGGAAAACCUACAUCCCAGCUUCCUAUAUCAAGUACUUGGAGAGUGCAGGUGCACGAGUGGUGCCAAUCAGGGUUGACUUGUCAACAGCUGAAUACACCAAGCUCUUCAACUCCUUAAAUGGAGUGCUAUACCCAGGGGGCGCUGUUGACAUGUUCACUUCUGGCUAUGCCAAGUCAGCCAAGAUAUUUUAUGAUCUUGCUCUCAAGGCCUUUGACCAGGGAGAUUACUUCCCUGUGUGGGGGACGUGUAUGGGGUUUGAGGAACUGACCGCCCUGACCAGUGGCAGGGAUGUGCUGGCCAACUGCAAAGGAACAGAAAACAGAUCUUACAAACUGAACUUUACCCCAGACUACAUGUCCAGCAGGAUGUAUGGUAAGGUUCCUGUGGACAUCCUGACAGACUUGGCGACUUUACCUCUCACUUCAAACUUCCAUCAGUACUGCCUCACACCUCAGAAUGUCACAAAUAAUGCCAAGUUGAAGAACUUUUACAAGAUUCUGUCAACAAAUACUGAUGACAAUGGUUUGGAGUUUGUAUCCAGCAUGGAAGCUGUCAAAUAUCCUGUCUAUGGCGUCCAGUGGCAUCCAGAGAAGAACAACUUUGAAUUUGGCUCUUUUCUGAACAUCACACAUUCAGAUGCUGCAACCAGGGUGUCACAAGCCAUGGCAAACUUCUUCAUUAGUGAAGCCAGGAAAAGCACCCACAGGUUCCCCACCCCUGCAGAGGAAGUUGAUGCCCUGAUCUACAACUACCCGCCAGUGUACACCGGGAACAUCAGCAUCAAUGAUCAGACAUACUUCUUUGACUGAAAGAGCCAGGAGAAGUCAGCAUGAGUUUCCCAGCCCAGAAGAAGAGAGAGCAGCUCUGAUCUACAACUACACACCUGUGUACACCGGGAACACAGACACGGCACA